AUGGCAACCCGCGUGAUUCCCCGCAGGAUCCUCAAGAGCGUACGCUACAACACCGCCACGAAGCCCCUCAACACGGUGCAACCCUCCCUGACGCCGGCGAUUGCGCCGCAGCCGCUCUUGGAGAAGCCUCCGUGUUCGGCUCCGGAGGCCGCGGCCCUGUGUCUGGACGAUGCGGAGCGACUGUUCGGGUCGGUUUCGACGGCGCGGCUGCUCCGGUCGGCUGCUGUGCUGCAUGCGACGGCGGUGGGGCCCAUGGUGGACCUGGGAAUGUGGGUGAUGAAGUCGCCGGUGUUCCAGAGUGGGCUGCCGCGGGAUCUUGUCAUGGCAGCCACGCGCCAGACGUUCUUCUCGCACUUCUGCGCCGGCGAGGAUGCCGCCGCCGCUGUGAAGACCAUCAGAGCACUAAACGACGACGGGUUGCGCGGCAUGAUGGUGUACGGCGUUGAGGAUGCGCACGAUAACGAGGGGUGUGAUCGGAACCUCGAUGGGUUCCUUCACACUGUUAGUGUCAGGAAAUUGCUUCCACCAUCUUCUGUGAGCUUUGUGAUUGUGAAAAUCACUGCAAUAUGCCCCAUGGCAUUGCUGGAAAGACUCAGUGACCUUUUAAGAUGGCAACAGAAAGACCCUUCAUUGGUUUUGCCAUGGAAGCAAGAUUCCCUCCCAAUUUUUGCAGAAUCUAGCCCUUUGUAUCACACACAGAAGAGACCAGAGCCUCUAACCACAGAAGAAGAGAGAGACCUUCAACUUGCCAGCCAGAGACUCCUUCAACUUUGCCAAAAGUGUGAGGAGGCCAAUUUGCCUUUGUUGGUUGAUGCUGAACACACUACUGUUCAGCCAGCCAUUGAUUACUUUACAUACGCUUCUGCCAUCAAGCACAACAAGGAUGACAACCCCAUUGUGUUUGGAACCAUUCAAACAUACUUGAAAGAUGCCAAGGAAAGGUUGUUGCUGACAACAAAGGCAGCAGAGAAAAUGGGAGUUCCAUUGGGGUUCAAAUUGGUGAGAGGUGCUUACAUGUCCACAGAGAGUAAAUUAGCAGACUCUUUUGGACAUGCAUCCCCAAUUCACAAUACCAUUCAGGACACACACAAUUGCUUCAAUGACUGCUCAUCAUUUUUGCUUGAGAAGGUUGCGGAUGGACCUGGUUCACUUGUUCUUGCAACUCACAACAUUGAAUCAGGGAAAUUGGUCGUGGCAAAAGCUCAUGAAUUGGGAGUUGGAAAGGUGAAGAACAAGCUAGAAUUUGCACAGCUAUAUGGAAUGUCAGAUGCACUUUCCUAUGGUUUGAGCAAUGCAGGGUUUCAGGUUAGCAAGUAUAUGCCAUUUGGUCCUGUAGAUAUGGUCAUGCCUUAUCUCCUUAGAAGGGCUGAAGAGAAUAGAGGACUCUUGGCUGCUUCAGGCUUUGAUAGGAGACUGAUGAGAGAGGAGUUGGGAAGAAGACUAAAAGCUGCAGUCUUCUAA